GGCCUCCGCCGCCAUCAUGGCCGCCGCGGCCGCUUCCUCGGCGGCGCCUCCCGCCUCGUCGUCGUCCUCCGCCGCCGCCCCGGCCGCCUCCAGCGCCUCGGGGGGCUCGGGCGGCGGCGGCGGGGCCUCGGGGCUCACGACGGCGCUGACCGGCACCAUGAACCGCAAGAAGAAGCCCUUCCUGGGCAUGCCGGCCCCGCUGGGCUACGUGCCGGGGCUGGGCCGCGGAGCUACAGGUUUUACCACCCGGUCAGAUAUUGGUCCUGCCCGGGAUGCUAAUGACCCCGUGGAUGAUCGUCAUGCUCCGCCAGGGAAGAGAACUGUUGGGGAUCAGAUGAAGAAAAACCAGGCAGCUGAUGAUGAUGAUGAAGAUCUGAAUGAUACAAAUUAUGAUGAGUUCAAUGGAUAUGCUGGAAGCUUGUUCUCCAGUGGACCAUAUGAAAAAGAUGAUGAAGAAGCAGAUGCAAUUUAUGCUGCUCUGGAUAAAAGGAUGGAUGAAAGAAGAAAGGAGAGAAGAGAACAGCGUGAGAAAGAGGAGAUUGAAAAGUACCGCAUGGAACGGCCAAAAAUUCAGCAGCAGUUCUCAGACCUGAAAAGAAAACUGGCUGAAGUUACUGAAGAAGAAUGGCUAAGUAUUCCUGAAGUUGGUGACGCUAGGAACAAGCGUCAAAGGAAUCCGCGUUAUGAAAAACUGACUCCUGUUCCAGACAGUUUCUUUGCAAAGCACUUGCAGUCAGGGGAGAAUCACACAUCCGUGGAUCCCCGGCAGACGCAAUUUGGUGGUCUGAAUACCCCUUACCCAGGGGGCUUAAACACUCCUUAUCCGGGAGGAAUGACACCAGGACUAAUGACUCCUGGGACAGGGGAGCUGGAUAUGAGGAAGAUUGGACAAGCUCGAAACACCUUGAUGGAUAUGCGUCUCAGCCAGGUAUCCGACUCGGUGAGCGGCCAGACGGUGGUGGAUCCCAAAGGGUACCUCACUGAUUUAAAUUCCAUGAUUCCAACACAUGGCGGAGACAUCAAUGACAUCAAGAAAGCACGCUUGCUUCUGAAAUCCGUGCGAGAGACCAACCCUCACCACCCACCAGCCUGGAUAGCUUCGGCCCGCUUGGAAGAGGUGACGGGGAAACUGCAGGUAGCUCGAAAUCUCAUCAUGAAGGGGACCGAAAUGUGUCCCAAGAGCGAAGACGUUUGGUUGGAGGCCGCCCGCUUGCAGCCUGGAGAUACUGCCAAGGCUGUGGUGGCUCAGGCAGUCCGUCACCUUCCCCAGUCGGUCCGGAUUUACAUUAGAGCCGCCGAGUUGGAGACCGAUAUUCGAGCAAAGAAGCGGGUCCUUCGGAAAGCUCUGGAGCAUGUUCCAAAUUCAGUCCGCUUAUGGAAGGCGGCUGUUGAAUUAGAAGAACCUGAGGAUGCCAGGAUAAUGCUGAGCCGGGCGGUAGAAUGCUGCCCCACCAGCGUGGAACUGUGGCUUGCCCUGGCAAGACUCGAAACCUACGAAAAUGCUCGUAAGGUCUUAAACAAAGCCCGUGAGAACAUUCCAACCGACAGGCACAUCUGGAUUACAGCUGCCAAGCUUGAGGAGGCUAACGGGAACACUCAAAUGGUGGAGAAGAUUAUUGACCGAGCCAUCACCUCGUUACGGGCUAAUGGGGUGGAAAUAAACCGAGAGCAGUGGAUCCAGGAUGCUGAAGAAUGUGACAAAGCUGGAAGCGUGGCCACCUGCCAGGCUAUCAUGAGAGCAGUGAUUGGAAUUGGGAUCGAAGAGGAAGACCGGAAACACACCUGGAUGGAAGAUGCUGAUAGUUGUGUGGCUCACAAUGCCUUGGAAUGUGCCAGGGCAAUUUAUGCUUAUGCCCUGCAAGUAUUCCCCAGCAAGAAGAGCGUCUGGCUCCGAGCAGCCUAUUUUGAAAAGAAUCACGGAACGAGGGAAUCUUUGGAAGCCCUCUUGCAAAGAGCUGUAGCUCACUGCCCCAAAGCUGAAGUCUUGUGGCUCAUGGGGGCAAAGUCCAAGUGGCUGGCUGGAGACGUCCCUGCUGCCAGGAGCAUUCUGGCGUUGGCUUUCCAGGCCAAUCCCAACAGUGAAGAGAUCUGGCUGGCUGCCGUGAAGUUGGAAUCCGAAAACAAUGAAUACGAAAGAGCAAGGCGGUUGUUGGCCAAGGCCCGUAGCAGUGCCCCGACAGCUAGAGUCUUCAUGAAGUCGGUCAAACUCGAGUGGGUGCUUGGGAACAUCGCUGCCGCUCAGGAACUCUGCGAAGAAGCGCUGAGGCACUAUGAAGACUUCCCCAAGCUGUGGAUGAUGAAAGGCCAGAUAGAGGAACAGGAGGAGCUGAUUGAAAAAGCCCGAGAUGCCUAUAAUCAAGGGCUGAAGAAAUGCCCUGGUUCGAUCCCCCUCUGGUUGCUGUUGUCCAGGCUGGAAGAGAAGGUUGGUCAGCUCACCCGGGCCAGAGCCAUCCUGGAGAAAUCUCGCCUGAAGAAUCCCAAGAACCAGGAUUUGUGGCUGGAAUCAGUGCGGUUAGAGUACAGAGCUGGGCUGAAGAACAUUGCAAAUACUUUGAUGGCGAAAGCACUGCAAGAGUGUCCCAAUUCAGGAAAUCUGUGGUCAGAAGCCAUCUUCUUAGAGGCCAGACCUCAAAGAAAGACAAAGAGCGUGGAUGCUCUGAAGAAGUGUGAACACGAUCCCCACGUCCUCCUGGCAGUGGCCAAGUUGUUCUGGAGUGAACGUAAAAUAACCAAGGCUCGAGAGUGGUUCCAUCGGACCGUGAAGAUAGAUUCUGACCUGGGAGAUGCUUGGGCGUUCUUUUAUAAAUUUGAGCUUCAGCAUGGCACCGAGGAGCAGCAGGAAGAGGUGAGGAAGCGCUGUGAAAAUGCGGAGCCCCGCCACGGGGAGCUGUGGUGUGAGGUCUCCAAGGACAUCAGCAACUGGCAGAGGAAGAUUGGCGAGAUCCUGAUCCUGGUGGCAGCCAAGAUCAAGAACACCUUCUAGAGCUCGGGAGGUGUGGAAUCAAAGGAAGCCUCGGGUUGGGCUCUCGUGUUCUUGGUUAUCACUCAUGCAAAGAACACGAAAGAGAGAAAGAUCUGGGGAGCACAUUUGCCACAGCUGUGCCUUCUUGGGCACUUACUGGAUAGCUGACAGUCACAUGGACAAUGAACUGGGUGGGAGGUGCUUCAUAUAGCAGCGUAGCAAUUCUGAAGUGCAAACACCGGAUCUUAGCAGUCCUAGUCGAGAGGCACAUUUUCCCUCGUGUGCCUAAACUCUCCUGGUGUUUUGUGUUUUUUUUUCCUUUUUACCCCAGAUUCUCCUGAGAAGCAUCUGGCUGGUGGGCCCUCCUAUGGACCUGCCAGCUUUCUGAUAAUUCAGUUUGCCUACCUAAAAUCGCCUCCUUGCCCUUGAGUACCUACCGGGCUAUUUAAAGAGUGAGGUCUAUUUUUCUACAAGAAAACCCCAAGUGGUUUAAAACCCACUUUUCAGCAGAAUUCUGUAGGAAUCCUUGACUAGGAAUUUUUCUUUUGUAAGAGGACCAAGAAUGGAGGGAGAAAACCACCAGACCAGUUAGAAAGCUACAAAUUUUGAAGUCUGUUGGAAAACCUGGGCAGAGAAACAGGCAGUGUGGCUACAGGGAAGCUCGCUGCUCAUUGAGUUAGGACAGAAUCUUGUCGAAACGCUUUUUGAAAUUAAAAUAAGGUACUGUUUUAACAGGUCCCCCCCCCCUUUUCUCUCUGGAUGUUCUGUUUUCUUUCUGGAAUUUUAAACAACAGUGCUUUCUUAUCGGUAGAAGAAUGAUCACAAAAUACAGAAUAGGAGCCAAUGAGAGUGGAAAAAAAUGUGUUUAACUAACAGGUGAUUUCACAGAAGAGCAGAUAGCCAUAGAGAGAGAAUAUUAAAUGAAAAGCAAAGCUUAUUGGCGGAAGGAUGUGGGUAUGCUGAGAAAGUCCCUGCUGUAAUACAGUUGUGUGGGAAUGUAGCCUGAACAAACCCUAUUUAAACCCUUGUCCCUCUCAUAGCGAAAGUUUCUUUCCCAAUAUCUUGGAGUUUUUAAGAAAAUGCAUUCCUAGCUUAAUUCCUCCCCCUUGGAAUCCCCUUCCAGGUCAAAUCUUCCCAGCCUGUUAAGGAAAAACUGUUUUUUGUGUAUUGGAAUACAUUGGAGUGUUUCUGCAUGGCA